AUGAGUGCGGGCUGCAGUCGACGGGCGUCGAGCCACGUGACCAGUGGUCUAGGUUGGCCAAGUGCGUGGAUAGGCGUUGCUUCACAACGACUAAGCGUCAAUACUUACUGUGACAUCAUUCUUGUGAAGAUCGUGGCCACCUGCGAAGAAGUAAUAGGGGAUAAUGGACUUUAUAUUUUUAUGGCUUGUCACCUUCGUGCUCGGGUUUUGGAUAUU